CCUACGACUCCCAGGAUGCACCGCUCGGUCACGGACGAGCAGCGCCUGCUGGGAGCUGUAGUCCCAUCCUGCCCCUCGGCUCAGGAAGGAGCGUUGCAUGCCGGGAGCUGUAGUCUGUGUGGGGCCGCUCUGCCUGCUCGGGGAGCGUUGGGUGCUGGGAACUGUAGUCCCCGCGAGACCUGCUCUGCCCACGCGGGCCAAAGGGGGGCGUUGAGCCUGCGGGGCGCUAGCUGCCUCGAGGGGUCCCUGUGCGGGCUUGGUGGUGGCUCUGCCUCCUUCCCCAGGGCCCCUGGCCAGACAGGCGGACGACCCCCAGCUCCGCCUCCCCUUGGGGCUGCAGGUCCCAGGGGUUCCCAGACUUUCCCCCCUGAGGCCCACCCGUGCAGCUGCAAUAGGCUCUGUGGCCCACUAGGAGCGUGCAAUGGGGCGUGCUGGGACCAGGGCCGGCGAGAGGCUGAAGGGGCCAGGCAGGUGCCACAGGCAGCCCCCGCCGACACCCUCUGCCUCAGCAGCCCCCCGAGUGCCUCCUGGCAGCCCUGCCCCCGUCGCCCACCCAGCACCCUAGCACGCCUCACAGGCACCCGCUGCCCAGGAACGAGGGGAAGCUCACAUUGCUGCGUGACACCAAGACAGAUGGCAGCUUCCUGGUGCAUCACUUCCUCUCCUUUUAUCUCAAAGGGAGUCAGUCUGACCGCAGCAAAAGAGCGGGGACAGCUUGUGUUCUUGGAAGGCCUGAAAUCCUGCUUUGACGUCUUGUUUGGUGAGGAGCAGCAUGUGGGGCAGCCCAAUCCCCUUCAGUUUAUAAGCGAAGAUGGCUCCAACCUGAAAACCAUGUAUGAGUUUGUCCGGACAUCCCUGAUGGCCUCUGGUAGCGAUUCCUGGAAAUGCCCCGUGUUGCUGGUGGAUGAUCUCAGCGUCCUGCUCAGCCUGGGUGUGAGGCCGGUUGAUGUUUUGGAUUUCAUCCAUUACUGCAGAGUUGCAGUGUGUUCCCAGUUACAGGGGAACAUAGUGGUGCUAGUGCACAGCAGUGAUGAUUCAGAAGAUGAGGAGAAUGAACUGGUCGUGAAUUCCCUCUGUCACCAGAGCAACUUGAUCCUUUGGGCAGAGGGGCUGGCUACUGGCUUCUGUAAAGAUGUUCAUGGACAGUUAAAGAUCAUUCAGAAGGGGUCAUCCGAGCUGAAAGCAGAGAGGAAUCUCUUCCGAAUCUACCAGUAUAAAAUUCAGGACAAGAAUGUCACAUUUUUUGCCAGGGGAAUGUCAGUAGCUGUGUUGUGAAUUCCAAGGCACAAUUCAGUGCAGGACUUGAGGCCAAGGGGAAAGUGGUGCUUGAUACCUGGAAAAAAACAGGAGAUGCCAGCAAUACAGCCUGGGUAUUUUUUCAGCAGUUUCCAGGGCCAAUCCAGUAAAUGUGGUGUGAGCAGGAUUUGCAUUGGCACUAAGUAGCAUUUAAAACCCAGUCCUGCAGGGAACUCUGUGCAGGUGGAGGGAUCUGCCUGAGCUGAGCUUAUUGCAGGUUCGGGGCCUGAAUCAGUUCCCCUCCCUUUACUGUCCAGCAGCAUUCCACUGUAGUAUACAAAGGGUUCGAAUUGCAAAGAAGAGCAAAAUAUAAUGAAUUUUAAAUAUAACUAACAAACAGGCAGCUGCCAUCUCGAUAGUCUGAUACAGCUUAUUAUUGUUCAUUUAUUUGAAAAAAAAAGUAGGCCUAGUCCAUCAAGAUUGCAGUUCCGUUGUGCUAGGCACUAUAUAAAUAGUGAGAGACACUACCUGCCCUGAAAUGCUUAAAAACAUAAGAGCGGCCAUACUGGGUCAGACCAAAGAUCCAUCUAGGCCAGUAUCCUGUCUUCUGAUAGUGGCCAAUGCCAGGUGCCCCAGAGGGAAUGAACAGAACAGGUCAUCAUCAAGUGAUCCAUCCCCUGUUGUCUAUUCCCAGCUUCUGGUAAACAGAGGCUAGGGACAUCAUCCCUGCCCAGCCUGGCUAAAAGCCAUUAAUGAACCUAUCCUCCUUGAAUGUAUCUAGUUCUUUCUUGAACCCUGUUAUAGUCUUAGCCUUCACAACAUCCUCUGGCAAAGAGUUCCACAGAUUAAUUGUGCAUUGUGCGAAGAAAUACUUCCUUUUGUUUGGUUUAAGCCUGCUGCCUAUUAAUUUCAUUUAGUGACCCCUAGUUCUUGUGUCAUGAGGGGUAAAUAACACUUCCCUAUUUACUUUCUCCGUAUCAGUCAUGAGUUUAUAGACCUCUGUCAUAUCUCCCCUCAGUUGUCUCUUUUCCAAGCUGAAAAGUCCCAAUCUUAUUAAUCUCUCCUCACACAGAAGCCAUUCCAUACCCCUAAUAAUUUUUGUUGCCCUUUUUGAAUCUUUUCAGAUUUCUAUAUCUUUUUAGAGACGGGGAGACCACAUCUGCACGCAGUAUUCAAGAUGUGAGCACACCAUGGAUUUAUAUAGAGGCAAUAUGAUAUUUUCUGUCUUAUUAUCUAUCCUUUUCUUAAUUAGUCCAAUUAGACAAGACAGAAGGUAGGAGUGAAGGAAUCAGUGCUAGCAUUGGAAAGGCCUGGCAAUCAAAGUUUAAAAAUUCUAUAACUUAUUUUAAACUGGGUUAAGAGUUGGUUUAAUCACUGAAACAUACCAAAUGAGACAGCAGCUACAGGUGAUCUGCACAGGGAAAAAAUAGCCCGGUGCUCCUCUUCUGACUGUGUGUCUGUAGAAGGCCUGACAGGGCUUUAUUAUGGUUUUUUUCUUCUUCUUUAUUCUAGAAAUACAGAUCCCACUCUUUGUUUGUCUUGUCUAUUUAGAGUGCAACCUCUGGAGGACAUCUCUCUUGCUGUGUAUUAUGUACAGAGCCUAGCACAAUGGAUGUGCAGUCCCAGUUGACGCAUGGAAUACAAUCCAUUACUGACAAUUGUGAUAUACUAGCAGCUUCUAAUCUGUGUGUCUGAGAAAACCCUAUUGAGAGAUCAUAAUCAGAGUUUAAUUUUAAAAAAAAUUACAUGCAUUAAGUGACAAG